CGAAAUUAGAGCGACCCAAUUUCAAACAUUUGGUGGGCAGCUCUCACGCCAACGCAAAUGGAGGGAAAUCCCAACAACAUCGAACUCAUCAAUUCGCUUCAAGCUGAAGUGGAGUCUCUCCGAGAAAGGAUUAAUCAACUAGAGACCGAGAAGGCUAAGCUCUCUCAGAAGCUCUCGGGUUGCGUCUGCCAGAAGAAUGCAGGGAGUGAUAGAUCUCUAUCUGUGGACUGCACUAGCUCGAUUGGGGAAAUGGAGAUGCUGAAAUUGAAUAAAAUCGGUACACUAAACAGAUCAAAAUAUAAAGAAUCAGGUGACCAUACAAUGGCCUUGCAUCAUUUACCGAAACGACAUGUUGCUUUAAAGGUUAUGUAUUUUGGCCAAAGAUUUUACGGUUUUGCUUCAGAGGCACAGAUGGAUCCAACGGUAGAAUCGGAAAUUUUUAAGGCCCUUUACAAGACAAGGUUAGUAUCUGGUGAUAAGAAGGAAUUGCAAUACUCAAGAUGUGGCAGAACAGACAAGGGAGUCUCGUCUGUUGGCCAAGUAAUAUCUCUAUCUCUACGAUCAAAUCUUAAAGAAACAUCAACCAGCAACGGAUAUUCUGCGGAAAUCUCUGCUGAGGAAUCAUGUGAUGGUGAACUAGAUUAUGUAAAGAUACUAAAUAGAGCUCUUCCUAAUGAUAUUAGAAUUAUUGGAUGGUCACCUGCUCCAACUGAUUUCAAUGCAAGGUUCAAUUGUUUGAGCAGGGAAUACAAGUACUUCUUUUGGAGAGAAAAUUUAAAUAUCAUGGCAAUGGAAAGUGCAGGAAAGAGAUUCAUUGGGGAACAUGAUUUCAGAAAUUUUUGUAAGAUGGAUGCAGCUAAUGUCCACAACUAUAGGCGGUACAUCACAUCAUUUGAGAUUUUCUCAUGCAAUGAAAGGUAUGGAGAUGAUGAGCUCUGGGCAAUGAAAAUCAAAGGUAGUGCUUUCCUGUGGCACCAGAUCCGAUGCAUGGUUGCUGUGUUGUUUAUGAUUGGCCAAGGUCUUGAAUCUUCUAAUGUGAUAGACAAGUUACUGGAUAUUGAAAGAACAGCAAGGAAACCUCAAUACAAAAUGGCUCCAGAGAUUCCCCUCGUUCUUCAGUCUUGUGAAUUUGAUGAUCUCAAAUUUAAGUGUUCAUCAGAUGCUAAGCAAGCUCUACGUGCUCACUUGGAGAAGGAAUGUCGAAGUUACAAACUUGAAGCAGCAAUCUUUCACGAGGCCUUGCUCAGCUGUUCAAGCACCUUCUCGGGUAUGAAAGCCACUUCUUACAUAUUGCCUGAAAUUCUCUUACAAAACUUGUUGGUUGCAGAUUCCAGUCAGCUAAACAGUAGAACAAAGAAGAAGGGACCGACUCACAUUCCACUGAUGUCGCGACCAACUGAGCCCUCGUAUGAAGAACGACGCGCUAAACUGGCUGCUAGUCGAUCAAACAAGUAGAACUUCGUGUCAUUGACGCAACACUAUAGCCACAAGAAACGUUUCAAGUUACAUGUACUUUUAAGUUAUUAUACCUUGAUUGUUUGUUUUGCGUGUUGUAUACUCCCACCGUCCCAUGACAAUUGAGUCGUAUUUCUUUUUAGGCGUCCCAGGUUAGUCUAGUCGUUUCACUCUUUUGGCAAAAACUUUAUUCUAUCUCUUAUUUAUUUUUUCUUUCUAUGACCUA